ACUUGUCUUAUCUACAGGUGUGUGUGUUUGUGUUUGAGUGUUUUACAUGUAUCUGGAGGCGCCACUAGUGUAUCACUCAUCAGUGUCUUUAUCACCUGUCUGAGGUGAAUGAGCAGCACCAGGGUGGACGUCGACCUGUUAGCCGCAACCUCAAGUGAGGAGUCCAGAGGGGAAAGGUCCAUCUGCUGUCUGGCCUUAGCCUGGAACCAGGCAGAGUGAGUGGGAUGAUUCAGACUAUUGGAGAAUGGUUCUGGUGGGACCGCCUCUGGCUGCCUGUCAACCUGACGUGGGCGGAUCUGGAAGACAAGGAUGGGCGUGUCUAUGCCAAAGUGUCAGACUUGUAUAUCACCUUGCCCUACUCAGUAGUCUUCCUCAUAAUUAGAUAUGUGUUUGAAAGGGUUGUAGCCACGCCGUUUGCAGCCUGCCUUGGUGUGAGAGAGAAGAACAAACACAAAGUAGAGAGCAAUCCCAUCCUGGAGCACUUUUUCACCUCACAGUCCAAAACUCCAGCAAAGGCGGAUAUUCAGGGCUUGUCCAAAAAAUGCAGCUGGUCAAGCAGACAAGUGGAACGCUGGUUCAGGAGGAGGCGCAACCAGGAGCGCCCAGGGGUCCUGAAGAAGUUCAGAGAGGCCAGCUGGAGAUUUGUGUUCUACCUCGGAGCGCUCAUCGGUGGCCUUAUAGCCCUGUAUGAUAAACCCUGGUUUUAUAAUUUACGAGAAGUAUGGACCGCCUAUCCUAAACAGUCCAUGCUGGAGUCACAAUACUGGUACUACGUUGUGGAGAUGAGCUUCUACUGGUCACUUCUUUUCAGCAUCACAUUCGAUGUCAAACGAAAGGACUUUAAAGAACAAAUCAUUCACCACUUAGCCACGCUGACCCUGCUGGCCUUUUCCUGGUGUGGAAACUAUAUCCGCGUUGGAACGCUGGUCAUGCUCGUCCACGAUGCCUCCGAUGUGUUUUUAGAGUCUGCCAAGAUCUUCAACUACGCCAAAUGGGAAAGAGUCUGCAACAGCAUUUUCGUUCUCUUCGCUGUUGUGUUCAUGGUGACGAGACUCGUUAUCUUUCCGUUUUGGAUAAUCCACUGUACGUGGGUCUACCCGCCGGACUACUACCCUGUCUUCUUCGGUUAUUACUUCUUCAAUGCCAUGCUUGUCAUUCUCCUGAUGCUGCACAUAUUCUGGGCCUACCUGAUACUGCGCAUGGUGAAGAAGUUCCUAUUUGGCAGUCUAACCAAAGAUGAGAGGAGUGACAAUGAAGAAGAAGAUGAUGAUGAUGAAGGAGAGAACAGCACGUCUGAGGAGCAUGAUGGACACCUGAAAGUGACCAACGGCUGUGGACGAAGAGACGUAGCAAACCAUCAUUAACAAAUGGGAUGCUUCCCUGUUUCCAUGGUGAUGACUGAAGGAGCUUAAUGAAGUUUGGGAAAAAGACUUGGACUCCCAUGGUGGACAGUUUUAACGCCAGAAAUGGCCAUGGACAAACACGUAUUUGAUUUCUUAGCAUUGAGAAUGUGGCACAGACCUCACUAGAAAAACACAUGUAUCACUUGACAAUACCAAACAAAACACAAACACAAACAAAUGCUUGUUUCCUUUCACUCAGUGCCAGUGUAGACUUGCUUUGGCUCUGUCUUGUUGGCCAUGCUCUCUCUGUGACCUACAAACUGAGCAAGAACAGAUGACCCCCAACCCAAAAGAAAAAGAAAUGUUGCUUUUCUUCUCCAUCUUGCCUAAUGGGUUCCUCAUUGUUUCUGCUGCCGUUGCUGCUCCUCAUCAUCCAUCAAGGCCUUGUCUUUGUCUUUCUCAGACUCCUUCCAUCCUGGCGUGUUUCGCAUCAGUGCAGUCUGGCAGGACGAAGUUCUUUACGGCCCCAGGAGAGAUGAAAUAGCACUAUAGGUUUUUCUCCUUUGCCAGAUGACUGUAUAGAAAAAAACACGGUGAGGUUCUGCUCUUGUAUGGAACGGUAGAGUUCUGGGAAAAGCAUUACAUGGAAAAGGAAAAGCAUCCAUUACUGUUUUCUCUUGAAGUUAUGAGCUGUGUAACCUGCCACAGCUAAGAUAAGAGAACAGAGUCUCCAAUGUAACAGAGAAAAAGGUCUUUAAGAACAUUGGUCACCAGCUCUUUUACUGGAGAUCUACAGUAUUGAGCAAAAGUCUAAAUAUAAUAUCAUUUUUCCAGUAUUUAGUUUCUGUUUACCUUUAACUCAGCUUGAGUUCUUUUUAGGAGACUUUACAUUUUUCAAAGAAAUCUGCAGGGUUAUUUUUCCACAUCAUGGUUCAGUCUUAGAAGUUUGUUGCAUUUUCUUCUUCUCGUGAUCCAAACUCCCUCCCUAAUCUCCAAAAUGAUAACUUUACAGGAGAAG